AAAACACAGGCGAUUUCCAGAUUUGAUAACUUAUAAUGGACAAAAUGAGGAUUUGGAUGAGAGGACAAGAGAGAGAUCGUCGGAGCCGAGGCAAGUGGAGAUCACAGGAGCAACGGUAUGAACGGAAUGGAGAACAAUUAGUACACCAAGGGAGAGGUCGUCAGUUUCAACUUGAUAGAAGAGUUGAUUGUGGAGUUCACAAGCAAUCUGUUCCUUUCUUUUUCACAAAUUUCCCUAAGGACUGGAACUACGAGCAGAUGUGGGACUGCCAAGGUAGUGGAGAUAAUCCCAUCCCUUCAAGAUCGGUUUUAUAUGGAAGCACAUAUCAGACAAAGAGGUUCGAUGUAGCCCGAGUUCUAAUCUCCACAUCUUACAGUGAGGUGAUUUCAAAGAUCAUGAAAGUAAAAAUUAAUGGCGAGUUUUAUAACAUUAAGUGUGUUGAGGAAGAGGCACCACUUAAUAUUUUCUCCAUGAAGUCAGAUUACAUCAUUAACAAUCCUAUAGAUAAGGAACACAGUAGUGACUACUGGGGGCAAUCAAGUUCUGCAGAAGGCCAGUCUUUUUUCGGUGAUGAAGGCAGAUUUUCAGUCUUGUCCUGCAAGGAAGUUGGAGAUCAAGAAGACAUGGGAGAUGCUCAAGGCUUGGAGUUGGAGGAGGCAAAGAGUUUAAAUUCAAAUUGUAGUAUUGGAGUGAAAGGCUCAAGGAGUAUCACUAGUUUGGCUAAUGAUGGUAUUGCUAGAAAGACAAUUUGAGCCAGUUGUUGUAGUUAAGUUGGCCCUAAUAGAACGGCGGCUACACG